GAGCAAAGGUGAUGCCAACAUCCGCUGACAGAGAGAGACAGAGACAAUGCAACGCUGCUGAAGGAGCCGGAUUUCUCACUUCCACCUUCAUUUUCUGAGCGCUCAUUGGGAUGUUCAACCAAGGCGGGGCUCAAUCUGCUGCCUGGACGAACCACAAGUAGGAGAGAGCAGAUCGGAACAGACAGGGAGAGGUGGAGGGGAGUCCUGCUGCUGCUGCUGCUGCUGCUGCUGCUGCUGCUGCUGCUGUUUUAUGACAUCUGAGAUCCGAACAUGAAUUCGGCCGAGCAGACGGUAACGUGGCUCAUCACGCUGGGAGUCCUGGAGUCUCCCAAGAAGAGCAUCUCGGAUCCAGAAGCUUUUCUCCAGACGUCCCUGCAGGAUGGAGCAGUGCUGUGCAGGCUGCUGGAGCGACUCAGACCCGGGACUGUGGACAAAUUUUUCCAGGAACCGAGGAGCGACAGCGAGUGCCAGAGGAACAUUGCCGAGUUUAUUAAAGGCUGCGGGGCUUUCGCCGUGGAGCCCUUUGAGGUCAAUGACCUGCUGCAAGGACUGAACUUCACCAAGGUGCUAAACUCACUGGUUUCCCUUAACAAAGCUACCGAAGAUUUAGGAGUUCCUGGAAACAGUGUGUGUGUGCCACGCUCUUCAACGCUGAGGAUCAAGUCCUUUGACUCCCUAAACACUCAGAGUCGCUCCUCUAAACUGCUGCAGCCUCAGUACCGCAGCCUGGACAUGUCAGAGGACAGGGGGUGUGGCCAGUUGCUGGUCAAGGCACGCUUCCCUUUCCAGCAAACCAAUGAGGACGAACUGUCUUUCUCCAAGGGUGACAUCAUCAAUGUGAGCAGGCAGGAGGACGGGGGCUGGUGGGAAGGCUCGCUGAACGGCAAGACUGGGUGGUUCCCUAGUAACUAUGUGCGGGAGCUGAAAGGAAGCGACAAAGCAGUAGACAAACCCAAGUGUGGGACACUGAAAAGUCCGCCCAAAGGCUUUGACACCACCAUCAUCAGUAAGACCUAUUACAACGUGGUCCUGCAGAACAUCUUGGAAGCAGAAAAUGAAUAUUCGAGGGAGCUGCAGAGUCUCUUGGGUUCAUACCUUCGCUCACUUCACCCCACAGACAGACUCAGCAGUGUUGACAUCGGUCACAUUCAAGGGAAUCUAGAGGAGAUCUCAACCUUUCAACAGAUGUUGGUUCAGUCUUUGGAGGAGCAUACCAAACUUCCUGAGAACCAGCAGAGGAUUGGGGGGUUCUUCCUGAGUCUGAUGCCCCAAACGAAGCUCAUCUAUGUGGCUUACUGCUCGAAUCACCCGUCUGCUGUUAAUGUACUAACACAACACAGUGAAGAAUUAGGGGAGUACAUGGAGUCAAAAGGGGCAUCUAGUCCUGGGAUCUUGACAUUGACCACUAGUCUGAGUAAACCCUUCACCAGACUAGAGAGAUACCCAACGCUGCUGAAAGAGCUGGACAGACAUAUGGAAGACCAGCACCCAGACAGAGGUGACCUCCACGCUGCCAUGACGGCCUUUAAAAGCCUUGCAGCUCAGUGUCAGGACGUGAGGAAGAAGAAGGACCUGGAGUUGCAGAUUUUAACCGAGCCAAUCAGAAACUGGGAGGGAGACGACAUCAAAACCCUCGGACCUGUUCUCCACAUGUCCCACGCCACAGUUCACACGCAGAAUUGUCAGGAGUCAAAUGAACGCUACCUCGUCCUCUUCCCUCACACUCUGCUCGUACUCUCUGCCAGCCUGAGAAUGAGUGGAUUCAUCUACCAGGGGAGGAUGCCAUUAUCAGGAAUGCUUAUCUCCAGGAUAGAAGAUGGAGAAAACUUGAGGAAUGCUUUUGAAAUAUCAGGUGGUCAGUGUGAGCGAAUGCAGGUAGCGUGUAACACUCAGCAAGAUCUACAGGACUGGCUGGAUCUUCUCACCAAACACACACACACUCCGACUGCGCACACACACUCAUACAAGCCUCAGUCCAUCUGCCACACACUGCCCUCUCAUCCCGUCAGUCCAACCAGACACUCUGAGUCUCGUGGAGGAAGCAGCGGACACACCUACCACACCCUUCCUCAUCCCUCCUCAUUUGGGAUGGGUCACAGUAGCAGCCCGAUGUGGGGGCCCCUGGAGCAACCAAGUACUCCCAAACCCUGGAGCUUGAGCUGCCUUCGCCCUGCACCUCCACUCCGGCCCUCUGCUGCUCUCUGCUACAAGGAGGAUAUGAGUAAGAGUCCUAAGAACAUGAAGAAGCUGCUCCCAAAGAGGAAGCCAGAGAGGAAACCUUCAGAAGAGGACUUCACUGUCAGAAAGAGUACAGCAGCUCUGGAGGAGGACGCUCAGAUACUCAAAGUGAUUGAGGCGUAUUGUACCAGUGCCAAAACACGACAGACUCUGAACUCCACCUGGCAAGGGACUGACCUCAUGCACAACCACGUGCUCGCUGACAGCAGCCUCACUGUGGCUGGGCUCCCAGGCAACCUGCCAUGUUCUGACCAAUCAGAAGACUCAGAUUAUGACAGUAUCUGGACUGCCCAUAGUUACAGGACUGCCUCAUUUUCUCGCUCCAGCAGGAAGGAUGUUCAGAUGUUGUUUCCGGAGGAGGAAAAGAUUAUAGUGGAGGAAACACGGAGCAAUGGACAAACUGUAGUGGAGGAGAGGAGUCUGGUAGACACUGUGUACAGUCUCAAAGAUGAAGUCCAAGAACUUAAACAGGACAACAAGAGGAUGAAGAGGACUCUGGAGGAGGAACAGCGAGCGAGAAAGGAGCUGGAGAGGAUUGUCAGGAGAGUUCUUAAGAAUAUGAACGACCCAACCUGGGACGAGACUAACCUCUGAGAUUCUUAUAUCUGAACGUCAUAGAUGAGACCAGUUUCUGACUUUUAAAUCCUCAAAUGACGAGAACUGGGCUGACAGAAGCUGCCAGUAGUUCAUGCCGCUAUUCAACAUGUCUCCAUUUCCACUUGCUUUGACCUUCACAGUGACCUGUGUGCCAAACUGUGGUCCAAGAGGAAAUGCCUGCCAGCCAUUAGCGAAGCCAUCCCAACCGACCAUAAAGCUGUGAAGCCAUAAUAGAUACAAUGUCACCCCUUUCUGUCAGGCUCCUUCAUUGCGUCUUUGGAGCGUAGACAAAAGAAAAUGCCUUUUCUCAUUUACCUGCAUCCUCAUCAUUGACUGGCGCGGUGCAUGAAUAUGAGCUCCACGUGAGUUUUUAUAUUUCAGACAGGUAUCACAGCAGUAUGUGAAUGAAAUCCUCAAUGAAACUUGAAACAGACAUUCCUAAGUAGUCAUUUUGUCUCAGUUUCAAAUGGUAAUCAUCCUAAAAUCACCCUUGAAAAUUCAUAUAUUAAUGACUCACAGACUAACAAAGUAUAAAGUUGUUUUAGUUGUUAUAUCAAAUACAUUUUAAAUGAAUUAAACCUACAUUUACCAGCACUUAGAAGCAGGUUUUACAGAAUUAGCUAAAAGGUCUCAGUGUAUUGUGAAGAUUUUUGCAAACAUUUAGCUUGACAUUUUAUAACAGAACACUCUAUUACUUCCCAUAUAAGUGAGUGGAAUUUCUACUUCUGCUUACUAAUGACUAUUUGGAGGCUCAAACUAAAUAUUAUUAGGUUUUUGACAAUGAUCUAAGUGAAUCAAUGGGUUAUUUGAUUGUAAUUUAAAGAAUCAUUUUGAACCUCUCAGAAAUGUGGAGUUACUUGAAAAUCAUCUUGUUAUUGUGAAAGUUUCUCAGGAAUCAACAUAACCUCCAUUUUAAAACUGCACAUCCAAAGCAAUAUUUAAAGCUUGAUUUUGGAAUUAUCUUGCAAAGAUACAAAAAUUCCAACAGCAGAACUACUGAACUGCCUCUUAAAUGAAGUUUGUUUAUCAAGUUCCACAAAAAUUAUGCUGCCCAAAAGAAGAAAAAAAAAACAUCGCAAACCUGUUUUAUAAUGGAACAACCAAACUACAAUACUAAGAAGAUUAAAUUUAAGCUGAGAUAUUUCUGAAAGCUGAUAUAGUACCAACACAUUCACUGCCUGUUUAAUUACAGAUUUACCCUUUGACUUUUAUGUACCUUUUUUUUUAAACUUUCGGUACUGUGGUCAGCAGUUGUUGCUCCUCAUGUCAGCUAAGAUACAAUCAAAUACAUUUGAAUAAAUGUUACAACUUGCAGUAUAAUACAUCCUAUGUAUACAAUAAUAUAAAAGUAAUUAACCCUCGUGUCGUCCUGCGGGUCAAAAUCGACUCGUUUUAAAGAUUGAAAAUGUGGGAAAAAAAAUAUAUUUUCACAGUGAAACUUCUGAUGUCCACAUUUUCAACAUUAUUGGGAAAUCGAACGUUUUUGGUGGAAAAAAAGAAAUGUUAAAAAUGUUUAAGAACAUUUACAAAAAAAAAUUUUGAAUUUUGCUGGAUUUUGGUUGGUUUUUAUGUGAAUGUUCGUAAAGAAAAUAUUAGAAGUUUUACUGAUAUAUAUGUAAUCACUUUAGAUAUUUUUGGGAUUUUUUUUGAAGAUUUUUACUCAUUUUUUUGAAAAUAUUUACAAGAAUUUUCUUGCCAAAUUUGGGGGAUUUUUUAAAAAAAAAUAAAACUUUUAAGGGAAACUGUUAAGGAAUUAUUGGAAUUUUCUUCCUGAAGGUUUUGCAAAUUUUCAGAAAUUUGGGGAAUUUUUUUGCUGAAUUUUUGGAUGUUUUUCAGACAAGGAAACAAUAUUUUUUUGGUGCCAUUAAAUGAAGACAACAGGAGGGUUAAAACUGUCAAUGGAACAGCCCAUGAUUUAGAAAAUGCAGACCGUGCAGUAUCACAGACACUUUUUAAAAAUUUUAUUGCAAUGUUACCACCUUAAAAGUUUUUAGAAGCCAGUCGGGUUACUUUACAGCUACUAUCUGACUAUGAAAAGUUAAACUGCACUGAGCUGUUACUGUGCGAUCAUUUGCAGAGGGAGAAAGCACUGUUUUGGAGAGUUUCGAGCUAAACUGAAAUAUUCCCAUUGAGACCGCUGAAUGCUCUUUCUGUUUCAAGACCAAAGUCAAAGCAAUACAACACUGGAAAAAUGUUUUUUAUGAUGUCAAUAUGCAACUUACUGUAGAAUGAUUUCUUAUUUUUUAUAUUUGUUAUUGUCUUUUUACUUUGAUUUGUAACACUUGUUAUUUUCUACUUGACCUGGCUGAUCACAUUUGUACAGAAAAGCAGCAGGGUAUUUCUCAGGAGCGUCCGGAGACUUGCCAUUAGGAGAAAAAGAAAAAAAAGAAUCCCAUGCUAAAGCUUUGAGCUUCACGACUUCACCUACAAAUCUCACAUUGCUGAAUUUAGAACCAUACUAAUGUAAACCAUGUAAUACAGUAUGCCAGUUAUUGGCCAUCUAACUUAUGUAUUUAACUGAAACUGACUGAUGUAAAUGUGUUGUGUGUUCAGAUGUUACAGUAAUGAAAACAAUUACAGUAGUUACUAUGAAGAGAAUCAUCCCCCGCUAUUUAUUUCACCCAUUUGUCAGUGAAUAAACUGUUGAUCAAACUUGGA